AUGGAGAACAUUCGGGCAAAGAUCAAGCGCCGUCUCAGCCACAAAGACAAAGAGAUCAACUUUGACGAGCAUGAUUCAGCCGACGAAGAAACCAUGGACUAUGUCACAAAAGAGGCCGAUGAUGCAGAAAAAGAAGGACAUGACACAGGCAAGCCAGGGAGCUUCUUGAACCGUUUGAUCCUGCAUGGCAACAAAAAGACCGAGGACCAGCUCGCUCGCGAAAUGGCAGCAUCAAACCCGUCAACCGCUGACAAAGUGGCUACUCAACAAUGA